CCCCACGGAGCCCCCAUGGCGAAGGAGAAGAGCAAGAAGGCUUUGCUGGAACUGCUCCGGAAAGAGGCCAACGAGGCAUGUGCAGACUGCCAGGCUCCAGAUCCAGAUUGGGCGUCUUAUACAUUGGGCGUAUUUAUCUGCUUAAAUUGUUCAGGGAUUCACCGCAACAUCCCACAAAUCAGUAAAGUGAAAUCUGUCCGUCUGGAUGAAUGGGAUAAUGGGCAAGUAGAGUUUAUGGCUUCCAUUGGUAACAGUGCCGCAAAAGCAAAAUACGAAGCUGAAAUCCCACCAUUUUAUUAUAAGCCAACUGCUUCCGACUGUCAACUGCUGCGAGAACAGUGGAUCCGAGCAAAAUAUGAAAGAGAAGAAUUCAUUUACAUUGAGAAGCAAGAGCCUUACUCUGCAGGGUAUCGGGAGGGAUUCCUUUGGAAGAGAGGCCGUGACAAUGGGCAGUUCUUGACCCGGAAGUUCGUGCUGUCUGAACGGGAGGGAGCCCUGAAGUAUUACAACAAAAAUGAUGCCAAGGAGCCAAAAGCAAUUAUGAAGAUCGAGCACUUGAAUGCCACUUUCCAGCCGGCAAAAAUUGGGAACCCGCAUGGAUUACAGAUCACGUACUUGAAAGACAACAGCACAAGGAACAUCUUUGUUUACCAUGAAGAUGGCAAGGAAAUGGUGGACUGGUUCAACGCCAUCCGUGCGGCUCGAUUCCACUACUUGCAGGUGGCAUUCCCUGGAGCCAGCAACAUUGACCUGGUGCCAAAACUUUCUAGGAAUUACCUGAAGGAGGGUUACAUGGAAAAAACUGGACCCAAGCAAACGGAAGGUUUCAAGAAGCGCUGGUUUACCAUGGAUGACCGAAGAUUAAUGUACUUCAAAGAUCCUUUGGAUGCCUUUGCCCGUGGGGAGGUCUUCAUCGGCAGCAAAGAGAACAGCUACACGGUCUUGGAAGGGCUCCCACCGUCCACCCAGGGAAACCACUGGCAGCAUGGGAUAACCAUCGUGACCCCAGACAGGAAGUUCCUUUUUGCCUGCGAGACGGAAAGUGAUCAGCUGGAGUGGGUCGCUGCUUUUCAGAAAGUGAUCAGCAGGCCCAUGUUGCCACAGGAAUACGCAGUGGAAGCUCAUUUCAAGCAUAAACCGUAACAGCAUCGGAGCUGAGGGAACCAGUUGACGCGGAUCAGUUUACAACUCAAUAAUGUUGUUUGUUCUUUGCAAUGUUCAUGAUGAUGAAAUGUUCAGCAAAUCACUUUGGACUACAAGACGGGGGAUGCUCACAACCACGACGGCCGCACAAGGAAAGGAAGCACUGCUGAUCCCAGAGCAGACAAUUUAGAAACGUUGUGCUCCCCAAGCCAGGCAGGCAAUGCAGCUCUUCGAUCACGAGCUCUCCAAGGCCCCCUCCCUUGGUCAGAGGCGACCGUGAGCACCACGGGACAUCCGGAAGGACACUCGCCCCCUUCUCUGCCUUUCUCCUCCCUGUUCCUUGUGCUCGGUCAUGAGAACAGCACACCGCGAUCCAGAACUCUUUCUCCUAAAGGGUGUGAUCAUCACCUUCAGAGAACGGGGUGCCCAUUUUGGAGGAGGGCAGCCAUGCAGUCAAGAGGACACCUGUGGCUUCGGCCCAGACCCUUCUGCCUCUUCCUAGGAAGGGCUGACACAGGAGCCCAGCAGUUCUUGCGCAUGAUGCUGAAGCUUCAACAAAUGCCUUCUGAUCCUGACCCAUGUGGGCAUCGCAGGAUGCGACCGUUUCAAUAGCCACGCAUGCUCCUUUGAAGGGAGGGUGCCCGCUGCUUCUUAUCACUUUGUGGUGCUUUAGCAGAAGGUUCAUAUUUAUUUUUGGAGAUGAGUUCUAUCAUAACGCUUGGGAGUUUGUUCCAAGCUUUUGACAAGCCAUACCGCCUGGUGUCAUCCUGUUGGAAAACUAAGCUUGGCACAACCUAUCAGGGGCUGGCAUGACCUAAACUUGGCACAACCUACCAGGGGUUGGCACAACCUAAGCUUGGCACAAUCGAUCAGGGUUCCCUAAAACUAGCGCUGCAAAAGCAGGGUGGGGGUGGUGUGUCAGGUAAGGCAAAAGAGGUGGCUGGUAGACUGACUGCUUCUAUCAUGAAUGGGUGCUCUAAGGUACAGUUCCCCUUUUUUCUUUCCUUGGCAUUUCAAGAGGCAGAGCAGCCUGUUCCGUUCUUAGUAGCUGGUGUCGUUGAAGGGGUGUGUAGUAGAUAGAAUGCUGGACUAGGGUUUGGGAGAGCCCAGGUUUGGAUCCCCACUCUGCCCUGGAAGUUUGCUGCAGGGUGACUGUGGGCCGGGCAGACGUGCUCAGCCUAACCUACCUUGCAGGGUUGUUGUGAGGAUAAAAUGGAGAACGGUGUAAGGAAGUCACCGUCUGUCCUCAGAGACGAGACAAGUGGGGUAAAAAGGGAACUAAAAUAAAUAACCACAUCUGAUUCAGCUUUGAGUUUCGUAGGGUGGGUCGAAGAGCAGAUGAGAAUUUCUGAACCCAAAGGGUCUGUGUGUGUGUUUAAGGGCCCCCCAACAUGGUGCCUGCCAAGGGUUUUCAGAAACUUGAUGGGCCUCUUGUCCAGCACUGCUUCUGAUUUUCCCUUGGAGAACUGAUUGGCUGUGCAGAUUGAAAUAAAAGUUGCUUUGGCAG